CUCGGAUGUGACGUCGACCAGUAGCAGUGGGAGCACGUUAAGGCCGUCCGACUCCAGCUCAAUCCUCCUUUCUGUCUGACUCUUCGUCCGGUGCGGUUGACUCCGUUAGUUCGCCGACAAGUUUCAAGUUGCACUUGGUUUAACACACCACAAACAAAGCAAACAUGGGCAAGGAAAAGGUUCAUAUUAACAUCGUCGUCAUCGGUCACGUCGACUCCGGCAAGUCGACCACCACCGGUCAUUUGAUCUACAAAUGCGGCGGUAUCGACAAGCGUACGAUCGAGAAGUUCGAGAAGGAAGCCCAGGAAAUGGGUAAGGGUUCCUUCAAGUACGCGUGGGUGUUGGACAAACUGAAGGCCGAGCGUGAGCGUGGUAUCACCAUCGAUAUCGCCCUGUGGAAGUUCGAAACCGCCAAGUACUAUGUGACCAUCAUCGAUGCCCCUGGCCACAGAGAUUUCAUCAAGAACAUGAUCACUGGUACCUCUCAGGCUGAUUGCGCUGUGUUGAUUGUUGCUGCCGGUACUGGUGAAUUCGAAGCCGGUAUCUCCAAGAACGGCCAGACCCGUGAGCAUGCUCUUCUCGCCUUCACCUUGGGCGUGAAACAGCUCAUCGUCGGUGUCAACAAGAUGGACUCCACCGAGCCACCAUACAAUGAGGGCCGUUUCGAGGAAAUCAAGAAGGAAGUCUCCUCCUACAUCAAGAAGAUCGGUUACAAUCCGGCCGCUGUUGCUUUCGUGCCCAUCUCCGGCUGGCACGGCGACAACAUGUUGGAAGCUUCCACCAAGAUGCCCUGGUUCAAGGGAUGGAACAUCGAGCGCAAGGAAGGCAAGGCUGACGGCAAGUGCCUGAUCGAAGCUUUGGACGCUAUCCUGCCCCCAUCUCGUCCCACCGAGAAACCCCUUCGUCUGCCACUCCAGGACGUGUACAAAAUUGGCGGUAUUGGAACAGUACCAGUCGGUCGUGUUGAAACCGGUGUCAUGAAGCCCGGUAUGGUCGUUGUGUUCGCCCCCGCUAACCUGACCACUGAAGUCAAGUCCGUGGAGAUGCACCACGAAGCCUUGCAGGAGGCCGUGCCCGGCGACAAUGUCGGUUUCAACGUCAAGAACGUCUCCGUUAAGGAAUUGCGUCGUGGCUACGUCGCCGGAGACACCAAGAACAACCCACCCAAGGGCGCCGCCGACUUCACCGCUCAGGUAAUCGUGCUCAACCACCCUGGUCAGAUCUCCAACGGCUACACGCCUGUGCUCGAUUGCCACACCGCACAUAUUGCUUGCAAAUUCGCCGAGAUCAAGGAGAAGGUCGAUCGUCGUUCCGGCAAGUCCACCGAGGACAACCCCAAGGCCAUCAAGUCUGGUGACGCUGCCAUCGUCAUCCUGCAGCCGUCCAAGCCGAUGUGCGUCGAGUCAUUCCAGGAGUUCCCACCUCUGGGACGUUUCGCCGUGCGUGACAUGAGGCAAACGGUCGCUGUCGGUGUCAUCAAGUCCGUAUCAUUCAAGGACCCCGCUGCCGGCAAGGUCACAAAAGCCGCCGAAAAGGCACAGAAGAAGAAGUAGCCGACUCCACUUACAAUUCCAUCAGUUGUUUUUUUACUACAUAUAUACUAUAAUAUAAUAAAUAUUAUCUCUUCCAUAGUUACACGAUUUACAGAAGAAUUCCGAAUAGGUUUUAAUAACGAGACUUUGUGAUUGAUUCUGUUUAUUUUUUUUUCUUGCUUUUUUGAUCAUAGAGAAGCUCCGAAUUUUUGUUUUUAUUUUAAUUUGAUUAUGACCGAAUAGAAUUUAUAUGAGGAAAUUUGCGAACUGAGAUAUUUUUUGUACGAGGAUAGAAACGAGCAAAAAACCAACUGAAACUUUGUAAUACUGUACAACUCUUAGGCUUACUUCCUACUCGUGGGACAACUUUUAUGAAGCAUUUACUACACAAUAUUUUUGGAAAUAUUGACUUUUGUAUCAAUAAAAGCGAAGCGAAUGCAAGAACGAAAAAACGGCGUGUGCUAAAAGAUGGAUAUUUAUUUUAAUGUACGGUAGACGGCAAUGCGCUGGCAAUUGGCAAGAAUUUCGGAUGCGAAUGUGCAACAACUCUUUGAAUUUUUGGAUAACUGCUGUUGUGAACUAUUGUAAAAUUUGCUAUGCUUUUAUUUGAUCUAAUAAACUACGCAAUGCUGACAGAAA